UACCCUCAAAGGAUUCUCCCGAGAGACGGGAUGGCAGAGCUAAUAGGAGUACCUAACGGGACAUGCGGACGGGCUGAUAUCUUCUAAUAUUUCAAGUACUGUUUGUGUUGGUGUGAAGCCUCGCCAUGCCCCUGGUGAAGAGGAACAUUGACCCCCGGCACCUCUGCCGAGGGGAGCUGCCUGAGGGCAUCGGCAGUGAGCUGGAGUGCGUGAUGAACAACACGCUCUCUGCCAUCAUCCGUCAGCUCAGCAGCCUGAGUAAACAUGCAGAGGACAUAUUUGGCGAGCUGUUUAAGGAGGCAAACAGUUUCUAUCUGCGAGCCAACUCUCUUCAGGACCGCAUCGACCGGCUGGCUGUCAAAGUCACACAGCUGGACUCCACAGUGGAGGAAGUUUCUCUGCAAGACAUCAACAUGAGGAAAGCCUUUAAGAGCUCUACAACACAAGACCAACAGGUGGUGUCCAAGAGCAGUGUGCCCAAUCCUGUCAAAGAGAUGUACAACCUGAGCGACAAGCCUCCACCCCUUAACAUCCUCUCAUCGUACAGGGAUGACCACAAGGAAGCACUUAAGUUUUACACAGACCCCUCCUACUUCUUUGACUUGUGGAAAGAAAAAAUGCUUCAGGAUACUGAGGACAAGAGGAAAGAGAAAAGGAAGCAGAAGGAACAGAGGCGUGAUGUGGAUGGGACACUGCAGAGGGAGGUUAAGAAGGUUCGCAAGGCAAGGAACCGUCGGCAGGAGUGGAACAUGAUGGCUUUGGAUAAGGAGCUCCGGCCAGACCAUCGACACACCAUCCACAGAGACAGAGGAGCCUCCUCCGAGGGCUCAAUGUCACCAGAGAACAGGGGCCACAUUGCGGAUCAGCAUCACUACCCCAACAGCAUGAACCAUGCUGGCCACGCCCACACCUACUCUGGUCCUCCACCCAGUAUCCUGGCUGCCCAGAUGGCUGCUGGACAUGCUGCUCGGGGAGGGAGCGAGCACGACAGCAGAGGCAGGACUAUGAUGGCUUAUCAAGGUGGGACACUGGGCCGCUCCCACCACCAAGUCCCACUCCCUCCUCCACCUGCUGAGGCUAUGAAUGGGGGUUCUAUGGCUCACUUGCCCAUGGACUAUAGCAUGGAUGGCUAUGCCAACACUGGCCCUCCUCCCCCUCCCCCCGCCCCGCUCAUCCCUUCUGCUCAGACGGCCUUUGCUUCACCACCUGGAGGUCCGAUGCCUCCCGGGUCAAUGGCUGGUGCUGGCGGCUACGCUCCGCCUCCACCACCUGUAUCAGGAGCCCAGGCAGCUCCACCUCCUCCCGGUCCCCCACCUCCACCCCUUCCAGCUGGUGCCUCCCACUUCUCCACCCACAAGAUGUCUUCCUCUGCAGCAGCUGAUAACGCAGUGGUCAAUGAUGCCCGCAGUGAUCUGCUGGCUGCUAUACGUAUGGGCAUCCAGCUGAAGAAGGUGCAGGAACAACAGGAGCAGCAAGCUAAGAGAGAGCCCGUCGGGAACGACGUGGCCACCAUCCUGUCCCGACGCAUCGCUGUGGAGUACUCUGACUCCGAAGAUGAGUCCGAUUUGGAGGAAAAUGAUUGGUCGGAUUAAUCCAUGCACGCAAACACAUAGAGAUGCACACAGACACACACACACACGCAUAUAUAUACAGAAAAAAAAAAUAGGAUAACCACUGACACACAGCAAGUCAACCUCACUCUCACCUGGAAGAGUCCCACUUUAACACACUGAUGAGUCGUCAGAGUUGCUGAAAAACACACGACACCUGCACAUAAUCACAAGCUGUAGGUUGAUAUAAGCUGAAUGGUCCAAAACUGGAAAUCUGGGGUUGUAUUCCGUAUGCAAAAACACUGUACAGAGUUCAGUAAUACACACUAAUAAUGACCACUCUGUGAGACUUUUAACACUGACUUUGAUUAUCUUUUCCAAGCAUUGUGAAUACACCCCAGUGGAUGUUUUCUUUCCUGUUAAAACAUUCUGGACACCACGUAAACGUACUUAUUUCAUGUAUAGUCAGAGCUUGAGCGUGUUAGGAAUAAUUAGAAACUUUCCUCUUGAGCAAAUAAUGUACUUUUUUUUAAAUGUUUUUACUGAAACACUUGCCAUAAAUCAUGUGGCAAGUCUUUAAUUUGUAGAUAACUGGAAAUGAUGAACGAGACCAGUAGCCGCUGAGGUCAGUCUCAGGCCGCUGAGAUGUUCACCGUUACUCAGAAAAGCUGUGGUGACGAAUGGAGCAUAAAAUGUAAAAAGUCUUACUGAUCAAAAUUAUUAUAACUGAGCCACCUGCAUUUGCAAUCGCUCACUGCUGUUUGGGAGAGGGGGUCAUGUGUAUGGUAUUUUAAGCUCUGUAACCUCUGACCCAGAGAGAAAUAAAAUCAUGAAUGAACGA